AUGGACGUCCACGGUCCGCCGAUACGGUACCCAACUCCACGGCAAGCAAGCACCUGCGGCGCAGAAAACAAGGACAACGGCUCCUCCUUCCGAGCAUCUGAUGACUCGACCUUGGCGGAGAGCAUACCGUCCAGCCCGCGGCAGCCUCCUGCGUACGGUGCCGAGCGAGCACCGCCUCUGUACCAAGAGGAAGACGACCCGGACCACGUCAAGGCCCGACGCAAGGUCAGGCGAACGCUUUGCAUACGGCUGCUGACGUCCAUCUUCAUCACGGUCCUCGUGUCGCUUAUUGUUGCGGCCGUCGUGGCGAGAAUACACGACAGCAACAUCAACCCUGACUGGAGCAGCAACGAGACUGCGUCCAACAAAACGAAUGGAACCAGCUUCACCAUGAUAUCCGGCAACAGGCCUUCUUCGGCGCCGCUUCUGUCAUCCGCCACAGAGGCAGCGCCGCAAGAUGCCAAAACUACCGUUGCAACACGCCAGGCAGAGGCAACUACAGCUAGUACCUCUUCUUGGGCACCGACUUCCACGGCGGACGAAAGAGCCGGGCAGACGGUGGAUUGUGCGUCAAUGGGCGUGUUUGUGAACGCCACGCCGGUGACCGACAUCGCCCCCGUUCCUACCAGGAUCACACCCACGAGCCAGAGGCGAAAAGUGCACCUCGUCGUGGACGACGGCGACGGCGACCAAGUGCUUGGCGUGUCCGUGUACAGAUUCAACGGGUGUUUAUUGUCUCGGGAGUCAUACAGGGACUCCGACGGCGGCUUGGCUUACCGGUGUUCGCUGGCCUGUCCUCACAAGCGGCGGCAGACGAAGCAAGCUCGCGAGGUGGUGGCUGAGGAAUGGGGUGCCUGUGGUUAG